UACUAGUAGUUGAAGUCGGUCAAUUGACGAGCUAACGUUCAAAAUGCUCUCGGCUAUGGCACGUAAGGCAAGCAGACACUUGAGUAAUAUGUAGGUAGCUUGUGCUUGUGUGGAGCAUGUCGACAUAAUGAGUGUGCAAAGCGUAUUAAUGAUAUUGAAACCGUUAAAGUUGGUUUAUGUUGAAACUAGUUGAAGUAAUUUCUUACAAAUUACCCCAUACCUGAAAAGUAACUUUCUGUGGCUGAUUAAUUUGCGGCCAGUUGCUGAAAGUCAUUGCAAGUUAGCACAUCGUGUGGAACCAACUAACAAAGAAAAAUACAAAACUCACGAAAUGCGUAUUAAACGAUUUUUAAUUUUUUUAUUGCUAUUAAUAAAAACAAGUUGCGCGUUAACUACCGAAGCUCCUGCAGAUUUCAAUUUAAAUGCGAAUCCACGACAAACCAGUUUUCUUGAAUGGUUGGUGUCAAUAUUUCAACCAAGUAAAGAGGUGACCACAAAACCCCCUGUCACCACUGAAAGAGAUUGUUCUCAUCAAUGCACUUGUGGUUCGCGGAACACAAUUAAUCGCAUUGUGGGCGGUCACGAGACUGAGGUACAUCAAUAUCCUUGGAUGGCGAUGCUUCGGUUUCGUGAACGCUUUAUUUGCGGGGCCUGGUUAAUCGAUGAUUUACAUGUAGGUUCUGCCGCCCAUUGCUUGCGAGGCUUUACACCUGGGUUACUCUCGGUGCGUUUACUGGAGCAUAGCAGGCGCAACAGUAGUGCUCAUAUUAUUGAUCGCAAAGUUUCUCAAGUUUUCGUACACGAGAACUAUUCCCCUCGCAUUUAUGAUAAUGAUAUAGGAGUGCUAAAGUUAGACAAACCAAUUACAAUGAGUGAUAUGGUGAGGCCGGUAUGUAUGCCCGAGAAAAAUCGCGAAUAUGAACAUGAGGAAGCUAUAAUCACUGGUUGGGGAGCCACGCGUGAAGGUGGGCCUGCAGCAGAAAAUUUGCAGGAAGUACGUGUUCCCAUAUUAUCGACAAAGGAGUGUCGCGAAUCUGGUUAUGGCAGUUCACGUAUAACUGACAAUAUGCUUUGUGCGGGGAUUUCAGAAGGUGGUAAAGACUCCUGUCAGGGCGACAGCGGUGGUCCUCUGCAUGUCGCUAUGAAAGAUGCUAAUUUGCAUCGCUUGGUUGGUAUAGUUUCCUGGGGCGAGGGCUGCGCCCGACCCAAUUACCCUGGUGUCUACACUCGGGUAAACCGUUAUUUAGAUUGGAUAAAAGAGAAAACGAAAGAUGGCUGCAAAUGCCAAGAACCAGUUAACGAAGAGAAAUAG